AGGCGAAAGGGGCAGGAGGAGGAGGCGGCGGCGGCGCCGGAGCGGCCCCGUACCUGGAAGCAGUUCUGAGCCCCAAUAAGUUGAGAUCCAUGGCUACGGUGCUAAUGUGCCGAAGAUUCCCCAGGCUGAGCAGGGUGACAGCGCUUUCGACCACAGCCGAGCGCAAGGCCGAGCGUGGAAGCAGCAAGAGCAAGAAGGAAAAGCGAGAUAAGCCAGGAGCAGCCAAGACUGGGAGCGAAGCCGGGGUUACAAUCCAGCUGCUGAAGCCUCAGGACUACAGAGUGUUGUUUGAUCCAGCUGCCCAUGGCAAAGGCAGGGCUGGCUCCCAGCAGCACGUGGAUAGGGACAGCAGCCAGGCCCUCGGUGACACCUUCACCGGCCCUGGCACCGUGCAGGCUCCAUGGACAUUCCCCACUGCCUCUUCCCAAGCUUUGUCACCCGUCAGGAAUGCCCUGCCCCAGCCCAAGUCCAGCCCACACCUGGAGCAGACAAUCCUGGCCAUGCUGUACAAGGAGGAAGCAGAGAAGGAAAAACGGGAAGUGCACGACUCCAAGGAGGACCCCCGCAUGUUCCAGAAGGGGAGGCCCGAGUACAGAUCUCUCAGCUGUGACAGAGCUGAGCCAGCACAGCCCCUCCCUGCAGAGGAGGGGGACUCGAUUUUACAGAGUGUGGCCGGGUGUGAGGGCAGCCCGGGAAUUCUCACGGAUUAUUUCCUCAAGCUGAGCCGUUUGCCGGCGGAGCGACGCGCGGCGCUGGCGUCCGAUCCCAGGUUCAGUGCCCUGUGUCACCGUGCUGGCACGGCCAUCAGGCUGUUCAGCACCCCAGAUCUCAUCCAGAUUUUAAAGGCUUGUGUCCCUUUGGCCGUGCCAGCCUCCCACCCCCUGCUCAACGCGUGCGAGGCCGAGUUCUGCCGGCGGGCGUGGGACAUGGGCCUGGAGCAGCUGCUGCUGGUGGCGGAUUGCUGGCGCUGCCUGGACCGCAGCGUGCCCUCCUACCUGGCCAUUCUGUUCAGCUAUGCCAACCUGCACUGGAAGGACCUCACCUUGCCCAGGUUUGUGCAGCUCCUUUACAUCAUCGGGGAAGGCCGAAGGUCGCCCGCGGAUUUGGUGCAGAAGGUGGAGAACACCAUCCUGAAGCACUUAGAUGCCUUCACCUUGGAGGAGCUGGGUGCCAUCUGCUUGGGGCUCUUCAAGUCCCUCAGUGGGAUUUCUGACCACGUCAUGAGGAGGAUUGCAGACAGGGUGUCCCUGCAGAUGGAGGACAUGAGCACCUACGCCUUGGUGAACGUGCUCAAGAUGCUCCGCUACACCCGCAUCGACCACCUGCCCCUCAUGAGGGAGCUCGGAAAGGUCAUUCCUGCUCGGAUUCCUGCAACAAACAUCCAGGGCAUCAUGCACAUCACUCUCACCUAUUCAUCCCUGCACUUCUUUGACGAGGAUGUUUUGACUGCUGUAGCCACCUCAUUGCCUUCCAAGGUGUCCUACUGCCGGAGCAAGGAUGCUGCCAAAUUCCUGUGGUCGUUUGGGUGCCUGGACUACGAACCUCCCAACGAGGAGUUUUACUCCAGCCUGAUAAAGCAAUUGCAUGCAAAACUCCAUGAGUUCAACAAGUUUCCAGAGCAUCUCCUUACUGCUCUGCUUGGCCUGGCAUUUGUCAAACGUUUCCCAGAGGAGCUGAUAGACUUUGCUUUGGGGGAGGAGUUUGUCCAGAAAACCAGAGGUAGCAAAUACGAGCUCGACAAGGACCUGUUCACCCUGGGUAGGAGCGUUGAAAUUGAGUGCCCGACCUACCAAGGCAGCCUCCUCCCACCUCAGCUUUGUCAAGAGUUCACUGAGAUGGUUUCAAGCUUUGCAGAACGGGAAAUCUACGUCAGGCCUGAAAUCUUGGAAGCCACAUCCCUCCUCGAAAGCAUGUUGGGAGGCCCUGAGUACGUGAAGAACCACAUGAUCCUGCCCCACACCAGGUCCAGCGACCUGGAGGUGCGUUUGGCCACCGAUGGACAUCCCAUCCCUUUCAAUUUCAAGGGUCCUGUGGCAGCCCAGAAGCUGAAAGAUGUGGGAGUUAGUCUGACAGAUGAUUUAAUGGCUCAGCUCCUCCAGGGGAGAGCUCAUACCCAGAGUCCCACGGAAGUGGGAAGUGAAGCCAGGAUUCCCGGACAGGACACAGCAGGAGCACCGUGCUGGGGUGCAGCCCUUCCUGCAGCUUCCAAAUCCCAGGCUGAGCCUAAACCAGGGCGCUGGCAGCCUCGGGAAGUGAGGCUGGCACUGCAGGUGUCCAACAGGAACCACUUCUGCUACGGCUCCAAGCGGCUGCUGGGGCUGCACUGCCUGAAGCGGCGGCAGCUGCGGCUGCUGGGCUACGUGGUGGUGGAGAUUCCCUUCUGGGAAUGGUUCCCUCUGCUCAAGCGCACGCGCUCCGAGAAGCUCAGCUACCUCCACUACAAAGUGUUCUGCCCGGAGCUGCUCAGCAGGGCUGGCUAGUGGGGGCAAGGGCUUGCCCAGAGCCUCCCCAGUGCAUCUCCAUGGCUGGCACUGGCUGAAAGGAGGGUGCAGCCAGGUGGGGUUCAGGCUCUGCUCCCAGGGAGCAAGAGGAGGUGGCCUCAGGGUGGUCCAGGAGAGGUUUAGGUUGGCUAUUAGGUCUCUGGGUGCUGGCUCAGUUUUUGGCACGUGCUCUGUGUGGUUGUUUCUGCUCUGGUGACGUCUGUACUUCCCGUGCUCUCCUUUUGUACCUGGAUCCUCAAAUGCUUCCACCACAAAUAAAACCUGCUAAUGAUUCAU